AUGUUCAAGCUGCAGGGAAAAACAUCCUUGAAAGAUUUACCUGAGGAGCGCAAGAGAGAAUAUGUUGCCAUGGCCACCGAAGGCACAAUCCCGCCAGAGGAUAAAUGCACUCCAUGGUAUGGUCAUCCCAUCAUCAUGAACGUAAAUCCAGACCUCAAGAUGCCAUUUUCUUCGCUCUGUUAUGCCGAUCUGAGUCGCCCAAUGGCCAUCACUAUAUGCGAGUAUCUGGAGCAGGACCUAGGCUCCCUCGACGGAGACGAAUAUCUUCGACUACUCAGUCUCUUCAAGCUGAAAAUUGACUCUUGGAUAUCCAAGUCUUUCGAUAUGUUCGAGACCGGCACGUCCUACGACGAGUCGAAACUUGUCCUUCCAUAUGCAAUGCCUUUGCCCCGAGAAGCCUUUGACGACUUUGCGGACUGGAAAAAGAAAAUGGCAAACAAAAAUUUCCGGGACAGAUUCACUCAAGGGCAGCAGACGACAGGCAAUACAAAGAUGUAA